AUGGGAAAAGCUCAAGAACAGUCACCCUUGAUUGAAGGUCAUGAAGCCAAAGAAGCAAGCCCACCUGAAAAGGCCAAUGUCAACCACCACUUAACAGUCCCAAAGCUUAGACAAUACAACUGGUGGAUCCAAAUGGUCAUUUUCUCUCUCCUAGUCCUCUCUGGCCAAUCAGCUGCCACACUCUUGGGAAGACUCUACUUUGACAAAGGUGCAAAGAGCAAAUGGAUGGCAACCCUAGUCCAAACCGCAGGCUUUCCCAUCCUUAUCCCCUUUCUCUUCGUCUCACCGACCAAAGAUGGGAUUGCACAAAGUAACCAAACAAAACCACCUUCUACCUUAAUCCUUGUCUCUUUAUAUACCUUUCUUGGUGUAUUCUUAGCAGCAUAUAGUAUGUUAUACACAAUUGGGCUCGAAUACCUUCCAGUUUCUACUUAUUCUCUCAUUUGUGCAAGUCAAUUGGGCUUCAAUGCUAUUUUUUCCUACUUCCUUAAUGCCCAAAAAUUCACUCCUUUUAUAGUGAACUCUUUAUUCCUCCUCACCAUUUCCUCCACUCUCCUUGUUUUCUCAAAUGAUGACUCUGGAGACUCCAAUAAAACAUCAAAAGGGAAGUACGUGAUCGGGUUUAUGUGCACUAUUGCUGCAUCAGCUGGUUAUGCAUUGAACCUCUCUAUAACCCAACUUGCAUUUCGAAAAAUUCUUAAGAAGGAAACUUUUAGAGUGGUCAUGAAUGUAAUAAUCUACCAAUCUCUCGUAGCGACGUGUGUGAUCCUAGUGGGGCUUUUCACUAGUGGGGAAUGGAGAAAUUUGAGAAGAGAGAUGAAGGAAUAUGAACUUGGUAACGUAUCGUACGUAAUGAACUUGGUAUGGACUGCUGUGACAUGGCAAGUGUUUAGCAUUGGGGCAAUUGGGCUGAUUUUUAAGGUCUCUUCACUGUUCUCCAAUGUCAUAAGUACCUUGGGUUUGCCCAUUGUUCCAGUUCUUGCCGUAUUCAUUUUCCAAGACAAGAUGACUGGAGUGAAGGUGGUUGCAAUGUUGUUGGCCAUUUGGGGUUUUGCAUCUUAUAUCUAUCAGCAUUAUCUCGAUGAUUUGGAAUCGAAACCUGAAAGCAGAAUCGUUAAUGACAUUUCUGUUGUUGAAAGAGCUUAG